AUGCCUCCUCGCAAGCGGCCUCGUGAGGUUAUUGACCUCACAGAAGAGCCUGGCGCUGCUCCUGGGGCCAAGACUCCACGCGUCGCCGCUUCAGCUAACCGAGGAUCGUCUUCUCGCCAUGCGUACGGCACGUCGUCCAACUAUCCACCAGAAGUGGUAGACCUCACUCAGGCUGAUAAUGGUCCCGAACUCCAGCUGUACAGUUUUUUGGACGAGCGUAUCGUUGGCUGUCGAUACUACAAUGGUCUCGUCACUCCUGGAGAAGUCGUCAUCCUACGACGCGAACCCAGCAAUCCGUAUGAUUCGAAUGCCGUCAGGGUGGACAAUGUUUUGGGCAGUCAAGUGGGACAUCUGUCUCGUGCACUCAUGGUGAAGUUGGCCCCCUACAUGGACUCUGGCGAUGUGCAGGUUGAGGGUAUAAUAAACGGGGAGAAAGGGUUCUACGAUUGCCCCAUCCGACUACUGCUGUACGGCACGGCCGACCCCGUGGCGAGGUCUGUUUUGGAAAACAGGCUCAAAGCCGACAGAUUGGUGAAGGCAGCUUCUAUCAAGCAGAACAGACCCAAACCGCAAAAGGAGCAGCAAAGAAAGCCUAUGGGUCUUACGAGCAGUCAACCUAUGACUGAUUUGGGAGCUGAUCAAACUGAAUUUUCGCUUGAAGACCUUGCACAGAUCAGUCAAGCAGUGCAGUUCCGGAGCGGCGAUGACAACCUCAAAAGUCUUGCCAUGGAUGAGGAUGCGCUCUCAAAGUUGCCAAUGGCUCCCCAGCCAGCAGCACUCAAGUCGCAGCUUCUACCGUAUCAGCUGCAAGGUUUGGCAUGGCUACAGGCAAAGGAGAACCCCGGCUUCCCGCAGCCUGGUUCUGAAGACGCCACGCAGCUAUGGAAGCGCACUGCCAAUGGACGUUACAACAAUAUUGCGACACUUUUCACAGUGGCAUCUGCGCCUCGGCUUGCCAGAGGAGGUAUUCUGGCUGAUGAUAUGGGGCUGGGCAAGACGUUGCAAAUGAUCAGUCUAAUCUUGACCAAGCCAGGAAUCACUUUGAUUGUAGCCCCAAAAUCCGUGAUGAGCAACUGGGCACAGCAAGCUCUUGAACACGUUCGCGAGUCAAGUGCACUCCGCAUUUGCAUUUACCACGGCAAUGACAAACUCAAAGCAACGGAGCUCAAGACUUACAAUGUCGUGAUUACCAGCUACGGGACCAUGGUGAGCGACAAAACCAACAAAGGACCCCUCUUCUCUAUGUCGUGGGAACGCAUCAUACUGGACGAGGGACACGUAAUACGCAAUGCCGGAACACACACUGCUCUGGCUGCCUGUGAGCUGAAAGCAGCGACAAGAUGGGUUCUCACGGGGACACCAAUCGUCAACAACAUCAAGGAUCUGCAUUCAAUGGUCAAAUUUCUGCGAAUCACGGGCGGUAUUGAGGACGCGGCGAUCUUCAACACAGUCAUCACCAGGCCACUCGGCCAAGGCCAACCUCGUGCUCAAGUCCUGCUGCAAUAUCUAAUGAAGGAUCUCUGCCUGAGACGCAGAAAGGAUAUGGCCUUCGUCGAUCUGAAGCUGCCCCCAAAGACCGAAUAUGUUCAUCAAGUUCAAUUUCACAAAGAAGAGAAGAAGAAAUACGAGGCCCUCCUAUCUGAAGCGAGAGGUGCACUUGAAGAAAUACAGGCCCGGUCUGGGUCUGGGAGCAAGGCCAGCUCUUUGCAAAAUGUACUGGAGAGGCUUCUGCGUCUACGACAGAUAUGCAACCAUUGGACCUUGUGCAAAGAGAGGGUGGUCGAUCUGCUCAAGACACUCGAGGACCAGGACGUGGUGGUCCUCAACGACAAGAACCGCGAGAUACUGCAACAGGCUCUGGCGUUGUUCAUCGAAAAUCAAGAAGAGUGCCCAGUCUGCAUUGACACUUUGGACGCGCCCGUGAUCACACACUGCAAGCAUGUGUUCUGCUCAGAGUGCAUUCGAAAGGUCGUCCAGACACAAGGAAAGUGUCCGAUGUGCAGAACUGCUCUUUCAGAGGAACACCUAUUGGAACCUGCACCCGAGACCUCUGGGGAAGAAGACGGACAGCUUGACUCGGAGACACAAAGCUCAAAGACAGAAGCAAUGCUCAAGAUCCUCCAAGCAACCCUGAAGAAGGAUGGAUCCAAGGUGAUAAUUUUCAGUCAAUGGACUAAGUUCUUGAAUAUUAUCCAGAACCAGUUGAAGGCUGCUGGAUACAAGUUCACCCGUAUCGACGGGUCGAUGACGCCCAGGGCCAGAGACAAUGCCUUACAAGCUCUGCAAAAUGACCCAGACUGUCGCAUCAUGCUUGCCAGCCUGGCCGUUUGCAGCGUCGGACUGAACCUGGUCGCAGCAGACACCGUAGUUCUUGCAGACAGCUGGUGGGCUCCAGCUAUUGAGGACCAGGCGGUGGACCGUGUGCAUCGCCUGGGACAGACCCGACCCACGACGAUCUGGAGACUAGUGAUGGAGGACUCCGUCGAGCAGCGUGUGCUCGACAUCCAGGCUGAGAAGCGUCUGCUUGUCGGCAAGGCGUUCCAGGAGAAGUCGGAAAGCAAGCAGACGAAGGAGACGAGGAUGGCCGAUAUCAUUAAGCUCCUCGGGUGA